UCUGGCUAUUGAGACAUUUAUAUUCUUCAGUAUUUUGCUGUUCAAGAGUCUAAUUUUCUUGGCUUAUUUGGUCUAAAUGAAAAAUUAAUCUUAGAGGGGACAGGUAAAAACACCAACAAGCCUCAGGGGAAAUAUACAUGCUCUCCUAUCUUUCUGAGAGCUGAAAAAAACAGUUUAAUAGAGCUACCAGGAAUUUACUGUAAAAAGGUCAUGGUGGAUUAGCCAAAGAACUUAUUCUAGAAUCCAUUUAACAGAACCUGAGGCAUCACCAGCUCUAAUGAUCAUCUAAUGAUCAUGCCUUUUGUUAGAAUAUUUUCUUUGUGAGAACAUAUUUAGCUAAAACAGCUUCUUAACCCCUCAGAUGAAUCACAUAGCCCACCAUCUGCUUACCACCAAGCCCUAGGACUCUUUAAUACCUCACUUAAACUACUUAAUUUAAAAGUUAUUCAAAGUCUGCUGAUGGUCACCACAUUUCGUAAAUUAUCUAAGAAACCUAGGCUAAAAUAAUCCUUUUGGAAACUGUAAUGAAACAGACUAGUUUGUAGCUAAGCUAACAUGGUUUAGAAAAUGCUAACAUUUCAUAUAGCUUCUGCUGAAAAUUUAUGGGAAGUUCACAUUUUCUUAAGAAAAUUAAGGAGUUUACCCAAGUUGGGAAGAGAGGUAUUAAGGCUUGUUGUUUGGGAGAUUUUAGGUUAUGUGAUGUAUAUGAGUUAUUUCCAUAAGUUUUAGCAAGAUAGGGGUCGUUUCAAGCUGAUCUGUCACCACUCUGGGAUCGAAAUAAGCUAAUGGAAGUUAUCAAUCAACUUGGUUUAUAAUAGUAUGUGUAGUUUUUAUUAAUUAAACUUGCAAGGAGGGCUCGGAGGGGUCUAAAACCUAAAUAUCUAAUUUCUUCUAAUUAUUUCAUAAAUUUUCAUAACCCUGAGCCUUCUAAUUGCUUUGUCUGGAGAUAGUUGUUUGCAAGUUAUUAUAAUUUUUGAGUUGCACACUAACAGCCUGCACAUAAUGGUGAU